AUGGGUGACCGACCACCCGCCACUCCGCCCCCUGGACCUUUUCCUAUUUAUGUCUCCCUCUACGAUGCCGCCACGCGCUGGCCCGCCUGGACACGGAGUUUCAAACUUUAUCUUGCUGCGUCCAAAAUUGGCGAUGACGACCAACAGCGUGGGCUACUCCAGUACCUGGGAGGAGACGACAUCCAGCAACUCGUGCCCACUCUCAGCAACACAGGGACAACAUUCGACGACCUCGCCAAAGCAUUGCAGGACGAGUUCGAUAAACACCAAAACAAAACGCUCCUCAGGUUCAAUUUCCGUCAGCUUCGUCAACAGCCGAACGAGACUAUGGAGGGUUUUUGUUGUCGUUUGGGCGACCACGUGAAAGGCAGCGGCUUCCCGGAUACGGCCGCGGAGAAAUUGGCUGUCUUGGACCAGCUGAUUAUCGGCUGCAAGUCCGACGCCCUUCGGCGAAAACUGCUGGAGGUCGAUGGCCUCGACUCCGACAAAGCUCUGAAAGCAGCCCGCGCGUAUGAGGCCAGCAUCACCCAUGUACUCGCCAUCAAGGACGCCUCUCUGGGCUCUUCAGUGGCUUCACAGCAGGACGCCCACGUCGCUUCCCUGGCGUCAGCAGCACCCCAGCCUGCCCAUGUGGAUGCCCUCUCGGGGUCACAGAGCCACGGCUACGCAGCUGCACGCCAGCCCCAAGCCCAGUAUCCACAGCCUACCUCAUCCGGUCUGACCUGCUACCGGUGUGGAAAGCCAGGCCAUGCCACAUGUGACGCUGCCAAGGGCCAGUUCUGUAGCCGCUGUGGCAAGCCAAACCAUUUCGCUGCGGCAUGCCGCGCCUCGGACUCCGCCAUCCAGGCCCGCACGUUCAGGGAACGCCGUCCCCACCAACACUCUGACCAGCACGCUGUCAACAGCGGCUACCAUGCCAUUCAUUCUUUAGAGAUCGGCGCAGAGCUGUUUUCUACCGACUCUCCGCCUCGCCCAUCUACGGCACCCUGCCGUGAGGAUGCCCGGCGCACCGUGCACGUCAACGGCGUACCCCUGACUGUCUUGGUGGAUAGUGGUGCCAGUCACAAUAUCAUCAAUACUGAUGACCUGGCAAAGGUUGCCCCUGGUGCAGCACUUCAGAAAACGGAUGUGCAAAUCUUUGCUUACGGCUCAACUUCACCUCUUCCUCUUCUGGGUAGCAUCACUCUCUGUGUUUCCUCCGCUACCAUGAGUUCGACGGCAACAUUCCUCGUUGUCGCACACGCACCACGUACCGCUGCUAUCGUUGGCCGCGAGACCGCCAUGCGUUUUGGCCUCAUCCAGCUGGUCCACAGCAUCGAAAGUCCGCAACUGCCAGACGACCUUGCUGAGUACCACGACCGCUUCCAGGGCCUCGGCUGCAUCAACGACGUAGAAGCCCAUAUCUACGUAGAUGGCAACGCCCGCCCUGUCGCUCACGCACCAUCCAAAGUGGCUGUCCACCUCCAGGAGGACGCACUCGCUGAGCUCCAUGAGCAGCUCGCAUUGGAUGUCAUCGAGCCUGCCACUGGCCCCACCCCAUGGGUUGCCCGAAUGGUGGUCGUGCCGAAGCGCAAGGGCAAAGUGCGUCUCACGCAGGAUUUCCGUGAUGUCAACGCCGUUGCGGCACAGGAACGCCAUCCCAUCCCCACGCUCGAGGAGAUUACUUCCGACAUGCCAGGGGCCACCGUGUUCACCGAGUUGGAUAUGAACAAGGCCUUCCACCAGAUCUCACUGGCCGAUUCAUCCCGUCUUUUCACCGUGUUCCACACGCCCCUCGACCUAAUGCGGUGCAAGCGACUCGCCAUGGGGUUGGCUUCAGCGUCUGAGAUCCUCCAGCGGACCAUGGACCGUGUCCUCGCGGGUCUCCCAGGUGUUCGCAGCGUGCACGACAAUAUAUUCAUCUACGGCGAGACGGCCCAAGUCAACGAUGAGCGCCUGCACGCCUGCCUGCAACGCCUACGUGCCCACAAUGUUACCCUCAACCUGGCGAAGUGCCAGUUUCGCCAAACACGCCAUCCAGCAUUUUGCGGAUUGAAGUUUACUCUGUAUUAUAAACUUAGUUACGAAGGAGACAGUCUGUUGAUGAUCUUCAACUCUUUGAAGUACAAUGUAGAUCGUGCUCCAACGCGUCUUGGUAUUGUGUGA